AGUUAUUACUAUAUGUUAUCCACAGAAUUAGCUAAGAGCGGAAAUUAGUAUGUGUUGAGUCAUAUUUUCUACAUGUAAAUGACUUUGCAACAUAAAAAUAAAUAUCACAACUCUUUUUUUUGGAGGUAAAGAAGAGAUCAUAACUUAUUACAAAGUGAAGUGAUUCCAAAGGCAUAUCUUCCGUUCUGUCUAAUCUUAUUCUUUGUUUUAAACCCCUCCAUGCACUCCUCUUGUUUAUAUAUUUAUUGCUUCUUCUCUAAGUUUGUUGAGUCCUAAUCAUCUCUCUAUCUAGCAACGUAUAAAUAUAAAGAGAGAGAGCAGAGAAAUGGGUUUCGGCUCCUUCAUAUCUACCAUCACUUACUGUUUGUUCUUUCGCUAUCCACAUAAGAAGCCAAAGUUCAAAAGUGUGAGCCACCUCAACCAUUACCACACCAUGCCAAUGGCUCGUCCACUUUCUUUACAGGUAUUCUCUUUCCUUUUUAUGUAUCUAUAUAGUAUAAUCGACCAUAAUUUUCAUGUAUCUAUGUAGUUUUAGUCUCAAAUUGACUCUAUGAUCAUGAUAUUAGUUUUUCAUUAAAAUAGAAUAAAUUUUGGUAACAAUUAUCUUUCAAACCGUUAUUAUUCUGAUACAUGCCUAAUUGAACGAAGAGUGCAAAUGAUUUUUGUUUUUAGAGAAAGGUAUGACUUUGUUAGGUUUGUGAUGAUGGUAGCUAGAGCGAAUUAAGUUGCUUUUUUUUUUUAGCUAAACAUAAAGAUCAAAGUUCAAACUAUAGUUAGCUGAUCUCCUCUAAUUUUGUAAAUAAGUUGGCAAAACAGAUUCUCGAUCGCAAAAAGAAUAUUAAAGUACUCAUUGUGCUCAUUUUUUUUUUUCUCUUUUGUUAGUUAAAAAAUGUCUUUUCAAUUUUUAUUGAUUCGUUUAGGGGAAUCGGACAAAACUGAAACGGAAUGUCAUAAGUUUGUCUCACUAGUGGAUGUUACUAUAUGUGAUUAUAAUAUCCUUUGGCUGAUUCAGCAGAGAGUUGGUCAUUUAAAUAAUUAUUCUUCUAAUUAAUUACCUUUUUCUUUAUGGACAUAUAUCACAUAUUAAUACUAAUUGUUUUUGAAGCAGUCAUAUUAGUUCUAAUUAGUUUGUAAUAUAUGAAUGGUGCUAAUUAACAGACGAUAGACCUGAAAGUAAGGAUGUGUUGCAGUGGAUGUGAGAGGGUUGUCAAGCAUGCCAUUUACAAGCUGAGAGGGGUGGACUCGGUGGAGGUGAACCUAGAGAUGGAGAGAGUAACGGUGGUUGGGUACGUAGAGAGGAAGAAGGUGCUCAAGGCGGUGAGAAGAGCCGGUAAACGAGCCGAGUUCUGGCCCUACCCGGACAUGCCUCGCUACUUCACUUCCUCUGACCAUUACUUCAAAGAUACCACCCGCGAGUUUAGGGAGAGCUACAACUACUAUCGCCAUGGCUACAACCUUAGUGACCGUCACGGUAACAUUCACGUCACCAACCGUGGUGACGACAAAAUGAGCAACUUUUUCAACGACGACAACGUCCACGCAUGUAGCCUUAUGUAAUUUCCUCACUUCUUUUUAGGUAUCUAUGUGUUUAUAUUUGUUGUAUCAUUUAUAGGGUUGAUUGAAUAGCUUUUAUGCAUAAGCGUAAGUGAGACAAGUAAAAAGGAACACAAUGCUUUAUUAGUCUUGGGCAUUCGUUUUUUUUAGGUUCGGUUUAUCUGUUAUUCGGUUAUCCAAAAAUAUUACCGGCUGAACCGUAAAACAAUUCUGUUCGGUUCGGUUUGGAAUUAGUAAACUGUACAUGGUAUCAAAGUUUGGUCCUUUUCCUAUAAAACUAUACAUAAACAUGCUAUAAGCCAGAUGGUAUAUACUAAAUUUGUGGCCACUGUUGAAAUUGCUAAUGGUCUAAUGAG